AAAUCCUGUCACCAAUGAAACAAAGGCCAUCGAAAAUCGAAAUCAAAUCGAUUUUCGUUUUCGAUUUCCGACGCAGAACAUUUGAUAUUCUCUUUAAAAAAGCGGGAUGUUCAUGUUUGUUUAUUUAUAUCAGAAAUCCUGAAGCUGGGCGUUGUCUUGGGUAUUCAUCACUCGAAAAAAAAUUUUAUCGUGUGAAAGCUCAUACUCAACUUAACAGAUCGUAGGAGCAAAUAAAACUAAGAAAGGAACACUUGUUCAACAACUUUCUUCAGCAUGCGGACUGUACGGUGGUCAAAGAAGCGAAUUUUCUACACUGCAGCAAUGGCUGUAGUACUUUACUUCUUGUUGUGUGCACGGAAGCAGUCUGUUACUUUUGAAACAAUUGUCCACAACUCAAAAGCAGUAGAUGUGUGGGAGUUUGUGGCAGACUUUAGCAACAUGAAGAAGCUCAAUCCUACUAUGCUCGAUUUCGACAUCCUCUCGGAGAGCGGAAAUUACGACCACUGGCGCUACUCCGCCCAGUACACGGAGUUCCUGUCGCACCUGCCAUUCGUGCACAACACUGCACAAGCACACUUCAGUGUGCGGCCCAGUGGCGACGCCUACGUCAUACAAUCCACCCACACCACGUGCUUUGCAGCCCAGCUGUAUUGCUUGAAAUCAUCCUCGGAGUUCUGGUUCAGCCCCACGGGCGGCGGUACCAACUGCACGGAACGCGUCACCUACGAGUGUCCGCUCUUGCUCGGUCCUCUGUGCCGCAGCGAAGUGAUGUACCAGCGCACCCACGUCAUGGACAACCUGAAGAAACAUUUCGUAUCCCUGCCAUUCGCCACCGCCUCCAUGUAGCCACUGCUCACGUCGGUCGAGUCGUGACAGGGCUAUUCGCUCGUGGUGGAACACGAGAGUACCGACGCUGGUUGAAGGUCUUCGCAAGCAGCAAUUCUUAGCUGUGGUAUAACGAAGGGAGAUGAAAAUAACUUUCCUACUGAUAGUCCACAGGAAUUGUUGAAAAGGAGGCACUAAAAAAGCCAAAUUAGAUACAGGAACAAGAACAGAGAGGGGGGAAAAAAAAAUUCACACAGCUCCUUUUAAUAACCAAGCAAUAUAAUAUACAGGGCAGCAUUAUUAAACUUUACAAUAUAAGCUGUGCUGUCAUCAAAGUUGAAUAAAGAAUCAGUUUUGAUAGAGA